AUGUACCUACAACAACAUCAACAACGACAAAACAACUUACCAUCAUCAUCAUCAUCAUAUUCAAUUCCGAAUAGUAUACAACUUGGUCAACAAUAUCAAUAUGGUUAUCAACAGCAACCUAUGGUUUAUCAACCAUAUGGUUUUGAUUCGUAUAAUAUGCCAUUAAAUUGGCAAGUUCAAAAUAACUGGAUGGGAGGUACAGGAAGUUGGAUAAAUGAGCAACAACAAAUGCCCUUACAACCACCACCAUUGUAUUAUCCUAUUGAUAAUACCAUGUUGACUACUGUGGUUCCUCCUUUUUUGAACCAAGUACAAUAUAAAGAUGAUUUAGUGAUACCCUCAAAAAGACGUGGUAUUCUGAAAAUAAGGAAAGAACCGACACAACGUCGGUUAGUUCAUUUUAUGCCAGAAAAUUGGCAAAAAAAGACCAAACCUGAUAAUCGUGGUAAUAAACCAGAUCAAAUGAAUAAUAAAGGUCAAAAACAAAAAACAAAAAAAUCACCUGAAAAAGCUCAUCUUGACACACUCCGUAGAAGAGCACGGCGUCAAGAACAACGAGCAGCUUUACUUGAAAAAGUAAUGAAUUAG